UGUCAUCACAUCUGAUUUUGACAGUCAAAAGAAGAACCGCGCUUAAAUUUUUUCGGAAUUGAAUUUGCUUUUACUAAUUAAAUCGAUUACUUUGUAGGUUUUGUGGCUGUACAUAUUAAUAAUCUAAGCCUAUAGUUGCAAGCAAUAUGCAGGCUUUUCUUAAAACUGGUAAAAUUUCCGCUGCCGAUAAACCAUCUUCAUCCGGCGUCAAAACAUCGUCUAAGAAGAAGCCACCAGCACCAUGGGUGGAGAAAUACCGCCCGAAAACCAUAGAUGAUAUAGUUGACCAAGGUGAGGUUGUGCAAGUCUUGCGGGAAUGUUUAUCGGGUGGAGACUUGCCACACCUGCUGUUCUAUGGCCCCCCUGGCACGGGUAAAACUAGUGCUAUAUUGGCUGCUGCUCGGCAGCUGUUUGGAGACAUAACAAAGGAUAGAGUAUUGGAAUUGAAUGCAUCUGAUGAACGCGGUAUUCAAGUGGUCAGGGACAAAGUGAAGGCCUUUGCCCAGCUCACUGUAAGCAGUACGAGACCAGAUGGCCGCCCCUGUCCACCGUACAAGCUGGUGAUCCUGGACGAAGCGGACUCCAUGACAAAUGCCGCACAGGCGGCCCUCCGCCGCACAAUGGAGCGUGAGACACGUACCACGCGCUUCUGUCUCAUUUGUAACUACGUUUCUCGGAUCAUCCCGCCCAUCACCAGUAGGUGUUCCAAGUUCCGUUUCAAACCACUGGCGAGAGAAAAUGUUAUUAAGAGACUCCGCGAGAUAUGCGAGACGGAAGGCGUAGAGGUGGGCGACGGAGAAGUACUACAUCAAGCAGUCGACACGUGCGAAGGUGACUUGCGGCGCGCGCUCACGGCGCUGCAAUGCUGCCAGCGGCUGCUAGGGAAGAUCACGGCUGACGGACUUAUUGAGGUGACUGGACUUGUUCCAGACAAAAUGGUCCAGGAAUACAUGAAUGUCAAGAACUACGCAGAACUGGAAAAGUUUGUAGAAAAUUUCCUAAUGGAAGCGUACUCGGCAUCUCAACUGCUGGAGCAACUCAGUGCCACCGUAGUGACAGCCGGCCAGCUGACCAACAAGCAGAAGUGCGCCAUCAGUGAGAAGCUAGCAAUCUGUGCCCAUCGGCUGUUGGAUGGAGGCGCCGAGGUCAUGCAGCUUACGGAUUUGGGAUGCACGAUUAUCAUGGCGAAUAACGACCCUUGAUGGGUUGAACGGUAUAUUUUUACCCUAUUUUGAUAUAAGUUUACCCCUUAGGCCCAGAACAGACGGUGAAACGCUACUGCAACGAAACUGCAACUUUGUGAUGAUUUUGAUGAAUGAAACUGAAAC